AAUUCAAAUCAUUUUUACUGAGCUCACCGCAGCGAGCGCACGUCUUUUCUAAACAUUCCAAAACAACCUUUCAAAAAUGAAAAAGUAUUCGAUAAUCGGAAAUAAGAAGAAAGUUACUAUGGAGCUUAACCAGAGCAGGUUGAGGAUCGUUGGAAAUGCUUGUAUAGUGCGUGUGGCCUACAACCAUGGAGAGAUUGAAGUAGUUGGUAACGACUGCCGGGUGGAAGUGACAGAUAAUUAUGGAGUGAUCAACUUGACUGGAGGCAGUGGUCUUGUGACUAUAAGCAAGCGAUGGAAAGGCGACCGAGUCCAACUGUGCGGGCCAAGCUGCCAUCUGAUGGUGGACGGAAAAGACAAGUCAGAUACUUACGAAGCUCAGCUCUCCCCCUUCAGUAAGGACCUCGAUGACGUCAUCGAGUCCAUCUUCUCGUUCGUCAUGCGUUGAUGUGAAAGGUCAUUUGGACUUGGUUUUUGUGAUGUGAACGAAGUUAUUCGUUUUUUUUCGGGCCAUUUGGUCAGCUCUAGUGACCGGAUAGGAGAUACCGUUUGUUUGCAGUUUUUAUAACUGUUUUUUUAUGUGUUGAGAAAUAAAGAUGUUUUAAAAGAUUAAU